UUUAUAUUUGGAUAUUUUUAUCAUAUUUUUAUCUCCAAGUUUUCAAAUGAAUACAUUAUCUUUAUCUGAAUUGCAUCAUCUUAGAAGGCUCUCUUAUUCAGCAUUACCAUUUUCUUUUGAAUUAUCGUCAUAUUUUAUGUCAGUAUUUUAUGAAAAUAUUCGUCAUUAUGGAAUUUCUUUAUCUGAGAUUCAAGAUAAAACAGCUUGUUUAUCAUGUGGUAUGAUAUGGAUACCGGGAUGGACAUGUACGAUACGUUUACGACGUAGUUCUGCAAAGCGAUAUUGGCGUCAAAAAAAGAAAAAAAUAGAGUAUCCAAAGCUUAAUUAUUGGGUAGAAUAUCAAUGUCAAAGAUGUGGUCGAAUUACAAGAUUUCAGCGGGAGAAAUAUACUAUAAAGAAUCAAAAUACCAAGAUAUUACCAGAAAAACCUUUAGAGCCUUCAGAAGAUGUUCAAAUACAUUCGAAACGUAAUGCAAAUAGUCGAAGAAGAAAAAAAAUGCGCCUAGGUGGAUUGGAAGGAAUUAUUGAUAAAAUAGAAAAAGAAGAUAUGAAGAAAAUGGAAAAAGGAUUGUCUCUAGAGGAUUUUAUGCUUUAAGUUUGAUAUAUUUUAUUGUCAAUACCCAACAUUUUGCAAAAAGC